GGAGCUCAGCGGGAAUCAAACCUGCCGAGAAACAUUCAAUUCAUCUUCAUGAAGAAGCAGCAGGUCCAGGUGUGUGUCUCCAUGGCGACCUCUGCGUGUGUGCUGCUGAGCGUGUGCGUCAGUCUGUGCACGGCGUUUAACCUCGACACGGCGUUCCCGCUGCUGAAGACGGGCGGAGACGGAAGUCUGUUCGGACUUUCUGUCGCUCUGCACCAAGACCUGCAGACAGACAGCUACCUCCUAUUGGUCGGAGCUCCCAGGGAGAAGGCGGAGCCUAACGUUCCAGCCAAUCGGACAGGAGGAGUGUUCAGCUGCCCGAUCACCACCGACCGAUCAGAGUGCAGCAGGAUGAAGCUCAUAGACCCAGAGCUGAACUUGUCUGAGGACCUGAUUGAAGACAUGUGGUUGGGCGUCUCAGUAGCCAGUCAGGGCCGACCUGGAGGGAGGGUCCUGGCGUGCGGCCAUCGUUUUGUUAAACUCUACGGAGUGUUUAAACUCAGACACAUGAUUGGCCGCUGUUAUCUCCAUGGAAAUGACCUUCAGUACAACGAGACGGACCAACACUGGCAGAACCUCGACCAGCCCUGCAGUCAUCUGGGUGAUGUCAGCGGUGAGGUCAUGUGUAACAUGGGGAUCUCUGCCUCCAUCACUCAGAAUGAAGUCAUCGUCGGCUCACCUGGAAGCUAUGAAUGGCAAGGAAAUGUCCACGUCUCUUGGAUGAAUCCAGACGAUGUCUUUGAUACCCGGAGGAGUUCCUUCCCCAAUGUGCAGCGCAGAAACAUUUACACAGGGUAUUCGGUGACUCAGGCUCUCCGCCUCCUCUCUCAGGGUGAUGAAACCAUAGUAACAGGAGCUCCUAAAGACAGUAAAGAAGAUGCUCGUGGCUCUGUGCUGCUGGCCUCCAAGCGCUCCAAAACACUGAUGACUCAGCAGACUCUGCGCGGGGAACAGAUGGGCUCGUACUUCGGCAACGCCGUGGCAACCACCGACAUCAACAACGACGGGUGGAACGACCUGUUGGUGGGCGCUCCUUUUUACUUCCAUCGCCAGCAGGAGGCGGGCGGAGCGGUUUAUGUUUACAUGAACGCAGGAGGGCGGUUUGAUUCUCGGGCCAGCGCAGUGCUGAGAGGACCGGCCGGAUCGGCGUUCGGUAUGGCUGUCACCGCUGCCGGAGACCUGAACCAAGAUGGCUUCCAGGACUUUGCAGUCGGAGCUCCUUUCCAUGAAACAGGAAGUGUGAUGAUCUGGAGCGGGAGCAGAGAGGGCGUCUCUGCAGACCCGAGCCAGGUGAUCAGGGGCAGCAGAGUGUCUCCGGGCUUCAGGACGUUUGGCUACUCUCUGUCUGGAGGUCUGGAUGUCGACAGGAACAGAUAUCCAGACCUGCUGGUCGGCUCUCUGGACGAUACCGUCGCUCUGCUCAGAACUCGUCCAGUCGUUCACCUGAAUAAAACCAUUAGAGUUUCUCCAGACGUGGUUGACCCCAACAGCUGUGACUUCUGUGUUCAGGUGGAGGUGUGUUUCUCAUACAUGUUCAGCACCGGAGAGAGGAGCGACAGAGACAACAUCACCGUCCACUUUGCCGUUGCUGCUGACGUCACCAGCCUCAACCCCCGCCUCCGUUUCCGAAACAAUGGGAAGAGCGUGUACUCAGGUUACCUGUCAAUGCCGAAAAAACAAUGUGAGACCCUGAGAGUCGGACUGCUGAGUCCGAUCCGAGACAAAGUGGAACCUCUGGUGUUCUCCCUGAACGUCUCUCUGUACGAGAAGCUUCCCAAGAAAAGAAACGCUGUCCAGGACCUGAAACGCUUCCCGGUGCUGAGCCAGACGCCCCGGCCCAUCAGAACCCAGAUCCACAUCCAGAAGGCCUGUGGUUCUGAUAACCGCUGCCAUUGCAACCUGCAGAUGACGGCCCAGUUCACAGACGAGAACCAGAAACCCUUUGCCAUGCAGAAGGACAGUCAAGUGUUGCACUACGACUCCAGCAUUAACCGAUUGUUUCUGGAGGUUAACGUCAGCAACACACCUUCACCGGGACGACCAGCAGAGGACGCUCACAAUGCCAUUUUGAACGCUAGCAUCCCACCAUCGCUGAUAUACUCCGGAGUCCGAAAAAAGGGUGACGGCCCGGCAGCGGUGGAGUGUUCUAUUGAGGACACUGUUCUUCUGUGUGAGCUGGGGAACCCGUUCAAAAGCAACCAGAAGGUUCAGGUGUUGAUCAUAUUUCAGACAUCUGAGAUCAGUUUAGACACCAGAGAGAUUCGGUCUGGGCUGCAGCUGUCCACGCUCAGCGAGCAGUCAGACCUGCUUCCUGUCUCGGUCUCCAUGUUGGUGGAGUAUUCACUGCAGACAUCUCUCACUCUAAUCAACCCACCAGGCCCCGCCUCCUUCAGCGGUAAUGUGACUGGUGAGUCGUCCAUGAAGCAGACGGAGGACAUCGGCAGUCUGCUGCUCUUCACCUUCCAGGUGCACAGCAGCGGGAAGCCGCUGGGUCACCUAGGCUAUCUGCAGCUGGAGUUUGAUUGGCCGUGGGAGGCGACCAAUGGGAAGUGGCUGCUGUACCUCACAGAGAUCCGCGUGAAUGGCACAUCGGAGGCUCGCUGCGCUCCGCCCGGCAACAUCAUCAACCCUCUCAACCUCAAGCUGUCAGAUGACGAGACGAAGAAGAGGAAGAAGAGGAGUCUGAAGGAGGAGGUGAAGGAGAAGACGGAGAAGCAGGGAGAAAAAACUUUACCUGUCCUCCACCUGCAGGGACAGAAGAAGAAGUCCUACACUCUGGACUGUGUUCGUGGCGCUAACUGUGUGAAGGUCGUCUGUCCGCUAGUCGACAUGAAGAACUCAGCGACUCUGACAGUCAGAGCCAGACUCUGGAACUCCACCCUGAUCGAGGACUUCAGCGAUGCGAGGAGUGUGUUGGUUCGAGGCCGAGCGACUCUGAAGCUGCAGACGAACAAACCGACCAUCACCAUGGAGCAUCGCAGCACAGAGAUUGAGCUCCUGAUUUACCCGGAGCCGGGGCAGCCGGUGGACUCCAGCGCCCCCCUGUGGAUCCUGGUGCUGUCGGUGCUGGCUGGAAUCCUUUUGCUGGCAGGGAUCUGCCUGCUGCUCUGGAAGUGUGGUUUCUUCAGGAGAGCCAGCACCAGAGAGAUGUACCAGGCAAAGAGCCAGAGAGCGUCCAGGAGGAGCCAGCCGUCGGAGAGCGAGAGGCUGAAUACGGAGCUCUGAGGGCGGGUACACUGCUGCCAGAGAGCCCCUCUUGUGGUUUCUUCGUGCGUCGGAGGGCGUGGCCGGCCGCGGCGCUCCACCAGGGGAGGAUUAUGGGUAAAGACGAGCAGCAGCGGCACACAAACGCUGACGGUUUCCUGAUCCAAGAUGGCGUUGCUUCGUCCAGAAACAGGAAGUCACCCAAACACUGGGUCACCUCCUGGACUGAGACAGACUGACGGUAUCCAUGGAAACACACCUAGAACCGGACCAAACCAGACCGAUACACUGCCAUUUAAUACCUGCUGGACUGUG